UUGCCUCUCAUUCGGUCUGUGUUUACAUUUUUCAAACAAAAUCGAGUUUUAGAUGAUUAUAUCGUUGGGGCUAGGGCAAAGCACAGUCUACCUGAUCUUCCAUAUGACUACAAUGCUCUGGAACCUGUCAUAUGCAGUGAAAUAAUGCAGCUACAUCAUCAGAAACAUCAUGCUACUUAUGUUAAUAACCUGAAUGUAUGUGAAGAGAAGAUACACAGUGCUCUAUCGAAAGGUAACGUAAAAGAUGCAAUCGCCCUACAGCCUGCGUUAAAAUUCAAUGGUGGUGGGCAUAUUAACCAUUCCAUCUUUUGGACAAAUCUAGCCAAAGAUGGGGGAGAGCCUAGUGCUGAGCUUAUGACGGCAAUAAAGAAUGAUUUCGGAUCACUCGAGAAAAUGCAAGAACUCUUGUCCGCUGCCACGAUUGCCGUGCAAGGCUCUGGUUGGGGCUGGCUUGGUUAUUGCCCUAAUGGGAAGAGGCUGAAGAUUGCAACGUGUGCCAACCAAGAUCCUCUAGAGCCGACAACUGGACUGAUUCCACUAUUUGGAAUUGAUGUUUGGGAACAUGCAUAUUAUCUACAGUAUAAGAACGUUCGCCCAGAUUAUGUGAAAGCGAUCUGGAAAAUUGUCAACUGGAAGAAUGUCAGCGAGAGAUUUGCUAAAGCGAAACAGUAG